GGUCCAUGUGUUCAGUCGGUUGCUGUCGGGCGCCGGUACCGUUGGCCAUCGAGUAACUUCUCGUGAUAUUGAAUAAACCAAAAGCUCCAAAAGCAAAUAAAUCAACAGUUGAAUUUUCGUAUUCAACGAGAACGUUCUGCUGUGCCGAGUCGAUACGUGACACGACGACAUCCCGAUAUUUUAAUUCCCAUCGAUCCAAGACAAGUGGCUGUGUGUUGGUGGUGAUUGUAAAUCAGUUUCGUGAUGUAAAUAAUGAUUUUUCGGAGCCUGAUGAAUUCGACUGAUCGAUACUCCGAGCCGGUCACCGAGUUGAAUGAGGAGAAAUGUAAUUUUUAAAUCGUGUGAAACAAAAAGUCAUCUCCAGGAGCCAACAGCUCCAGUCUCGAUUCCAUUUUUGCUUCUGGUGUCUGUGUCUGUGUGAGGGUCUAAAGAGAUUUUAGUUGGCGAAUUGAGAGCUCACGGGAUCAUUGAAACUCAUUGAAUCUGCCAUCACCAGGACUCCAGGAGUGGAGACACUGAAUUGUGCAAUUGACCGUUAAUCAGUGAAAUUGCAACGGGUGUUAUUAAUUUGCAAUUGUUAUGACCGUGUUUUCCACGGCCACCAGGAGUGAUGAUGUUGAGUGGCUGUUGACUAUCGACACUGUUGAGAAACACUCGGUGUACGAUAAAGCCUGGUGCACUGAUACACUUGGGCCACAGGCCCAAAUUCCGGAUCCAGUGGUUGGCGGGAGCAAUUUCACCGCUGGUAUAACCGCCAACCCGAUGAUGCCUCGGGCAUUACCAACCAGACGUGGAUUACAGGCACUCGCCCUCGUACUCGCGACUGCUUAUGCCACAGUUCUGAUUUAUCAGGCUGUUGCACCACGUCAGUGGCCAGAGGAGUCUGUAGUGGUCCUAAAUCCCGCACUAUCGGAUGGACACAUCGAAAUUUCGGCAAUGCAGAAAAUCAAUGUUGAGGAGACAGCAGUUACGCCGCCAGUUGCAACAGCAACAAUGGCCCCUUUUUCCACCGAUCUCAACGACGUCUUCAUCAGCGUCAAGACAACACGUCACUAUCAUCAUUCACGGCUCCCUUCGAUUAUCGACACGUGGUUCCAAUACGCCAAGGAUCAGACGUGGUUUUUCACUGAUAAGGACGACCAGUACCUGCAAAAUCGAACCAAUGGACACAUAGUCAACACAAAGUGCUCAUCCUCCCACAAUCGUCGUGCAUUGUGCUGCAAGAUGAGUGUAGAAUUCGACAGGUUUCUCGAGUCCGGAAGAAAAUGGUUUUGCCAUUUUGAUGACGACAAUUACGUGAAUGUACCUCGUCUGCUUAAGCUGUUGGACAAUUACAAUCCCCGUGAGGACUGGUAUCUCGGCAGGCCGUCGAUACCAGCACCCUUGGAGAUCAUGAGACAACAAGGUGCUGAGUCGUCGAAACGACCUCAGAAGGUGAAAUUUUGGUUCGCCACGGGGGGCGCUGGUUUCUGUAUCAGCAGGGCGCUGGCACUCAAGAUGGUACCGGUGGCUGGAGGCGGAAAAUUCAUAACUGUUGGCGACAGAAUUCGACUGCCCGAUGACGUCACAAUGGGGUACAUUAUUGAGCAUUUGUUGAAGAAACAAUUGACUGUGGUUGAGCAGUUUCAUUCGCACUUGGAACCGAUGAAGUUUCUUAAUGAGGAUACCUUCCAUGAGCAGGUAUCGUUCAGCUACUCGAAGGAUCCACGAGACGAGUGGAACGUUGUUAAAAUCGAUGGUUUCCGUCUCAAGGAUGAUCCUAAUAGAUUCAGAUCAAUCCACUGUCGAUUAUUCCCCCACGAGACUGACUGCCCAAGGAGAUGAUCAGGGCUCAUUAUUUAUCGAUAGCAUCCAAAGAGGACAAUUAAUACAAUAUCUCACUGAUAUCCGAAUCAACUAAAAUAUCUAGAUUAUUUUGAUAUUUUUAAUUAUUGUUAAACAACUCUUUGGUCCUGUAAAUAUUGUAAUUUUACACCAGAAAAAUACUCGUAUUUUCUCAUCGUGAAAUCGUGAUACUUGUAAAUAUUGAUGAGAGAAGUGCGAGGAGAAUUUCAAGAGAAUAUUUAUAUAAAUUUAUUGAGUGAGGAUGAGUUAUCAUACUGUCAGAGUUCCAAUGUUAACAGUUUGAUUAUUUAUGUUUUUUAAAAAUACGAACUCCGAACUAGUCUCAUUAUUGAAGCAGACAGCUCUACGAUGUGAUAUCUUAGUCUGUGAGGGAAUACCUGAUUGUACGAUAUUUUUAUUCUCUUUAUUUCAGAUUUUUUCAUAUGUUCUUUGAUAUUUCUUUUACCUACGGGAUUUUCUUUUCACCUGUGUGAUUGACAAUGGGAAGACCCAUUUGGGUGUGCAAUAUGUAACAGUUGCUUUCAGACAAGAUUAUCGAUGUGAUUUUCAAAAUUCAAUUUUACUCUCGAUAGAAUCGAUUAAAAUGGGAAAUAUUUGAGGCCGAUUCAUUGAAAUAUCCGGCGUGAGAUAUAUAUACAUUAUGUACCAAUAAUAUAUAUGUAUAUAUGUAAAUGUGUGUGUAUAUAUUAUGUACUAAUAAUAUAUAUUAUCUUAUUCCAUUAAUAUAUAUAUUUUUUCUUAUUAAUUUCGUUUGUUGAGAGUAGAUGAGAGAAUCUUAUUUUGUAAUUAAUGAUUGUUGAACGACGAAUUGUAAAGUAACUCAAUGAUAAUGAUAUAUAAAGAAUUAUUUAGUAAUAAAA